AGAGGUGGAGCAUGAAUUAAGGGGUUGAAACCCGCUGAGUUAGAAUUCUAUACUCAGAAACAUCUCAAACAAAGCCAUUUUCAAACCAUUGAAUUUCUCUCUUCUCAAAAACAAUGUUCUUUCUUGUUUUUUGUUUUCUUAACCAAUCUAAAAAACCUUAAGUCAUGUUACAAGGAAAUUAAAACAACAAAUUGCAUUACAUUUCAUCACAUCAAACAAAACAUUUCAAAAUAUUUCCAACAAGUAUAAACAUACGCAUACAUAAAUGUCUAUUUCAAAAAAUGAUACAUAAUACAUAAAUGUAAGAGAUGACAAGUUCUUCAAAUUCACCACCGAAAUCGUCCUCGUCCGGUGGCCGGCCACCACAAGCGGUGAAGUUUACACGCCGGACAUCGAGCGGGCGGGUAGUGAAUCUUUCAAGAGAUGAUGACAUAGAUUUGUCCGGCGAAUUCGCCGGACAAAAUGAUUACAUCAAUUACACUGUCAUGAUGCCACUAACACCGGAUAACCAGCCCGGAACAUCUGAUUCCAAGACAGAUGGUGCGGCCGGAUCAUACGGGACAACGAGGUUCGCCUCGGAGUCACAACAACAAGGAAUGAAUGAUGGCGGUGGUGGUGGUGGUGGUGAUGGUAGUGGUGGAUCUAAAAUGGAUAGAAGAAUGUCUGUAUUGAAUUCAGCAAAUAAUAAGUCUAUGUUAUUAAGGAGUCAAACUCAAGAUUUUGAUCAUAAUAGAUGGUUGUUUGAGACAAAAGGGACUUAUGGAAUUGGAAAUGCUUUUUGGCAAGAUGAUCAAAAUUCUUUUGGUGAUGAUAAUGGAAUGAGUAUGUCAGAUUUCAUGGACAAACCUUGGAAACCAUUAACUAGGAAAAUUCCAAUUCCAGGAGCUAUACUCAGCCCUUAUAGGUUGUUGAUUGCUAUCCGUAUGGUAAUUCUAGUACUUUUCUUAACAUGGCGAGUUCAAAACCCAAAUUAUGAUGCAAUGUGGUUAUGGGGGAUAUCAAUUGUGUGUGAACUUUGGUUUGCAUUCUCUUGGCUUCUUGAUGUACUUCCUAAAUUGAAUCCAAUAAACAGAAGUGCAGACCUUGCUGCAUUACAUGACAAGUUUGAUCAACCUUCGCCUUCCAAUCCGACUGGCCGGUCGGAUUUACCUGGCAUGGAUGUUUUUGUUUCGACGGCUGAUCCGGAGAAAGAACCACCUCUUGUCACUGCCAACACCAUUCUUUCCAUUCUUGGUGUAGAUUAUCCCAUUGAAAAAGUUUCAUGCUAUAUUUCAGAUGAUGGUGGUGCCAUUCUUACUUUUGAAGCUAUGGCUGAAGCUGUCAAAUUUGCUGAGGUUUGGGUACCAUUUUGUCGGAAACACAACAUUGAACCAAGAAAUCCCGAAGCUUACUUCAGCUUAAAGAAAGACCCAACAAAGAACAAGAAAUUACAUGAUUUUGUAAAGGAUAGAAGAUGGAUGAAGAGAGAAUAUGAUGAAUUUAAGGUCAGAAUCAAUGGACUUCCAGAAGUAAUAAAAAAAAGAAGUAAAAUGUAUAACUCUAGAGAAGAGAAGAAAGAAAAGCAGUUACUUAAGGAGAAAAAUGGAGGAGUUUUACCUGCAGAUCAGCCAAUUGAUGUCCCUAAAGCUACAUGGAUGGCUGAUGGAACUCAUUGGCCAGGAACUUGGCAUAAUCCAUCAGCUGAUCAUACUAAAGGUGACCAUGCUGGAAUUUUGCAGGUGAUGAGUAAAGUCCCAGAGCAUGACCCUAUAAUGGGUUAUGCAGAUGAGAAAAGUCUAGACUUUACAGGCAUAGACAUCAGAAUUCCAAUGUUUGCAUAUGUUUCUAGAGAAAAACGACCAGGUUAUGAUCAUAACAAGAAAGCAGGAGCCAUGAAUGCCAUGGUUCGAGCCUCAGCUAUUUUGUCCAAUGGUCCCUUUAUACUCAAUUUAGAUUGUGAUCACUACAUCUACAAUUCACAUGCUUUGAAAGAAGGAAUGUGCUUCAUGUUGGACCGAGGUGGCGAUCGUGUUUGUUACAUACAGUUUCCACAGAGAUUUGAAGGCAUCGAUCCCUCUGAUCGAUACGCAAAUCAUAACACAGUCUUCUUUGAUGGAAAUAUGAGAGCAUUGGAUGGUCUACAAGGUCCAAUGUAUGUUGGAACGGGAUGCAUGUUUAGGAGGUAUGCACUAUAUGGAUUUGAACCACCAAGAUUCAUUGAGCACACAGGUGUGUUUGGUAGAGUAAAAACCAAGGUGAAUCAUAAUCCAAAUCAAGCAAAGUUACACCUGGAUGAUGAUAUGGAGCCUCUAACAUCUGAAGCAGAAUUGAAUUUGCCACAAAAGUUUGGAAACUCAAGUAUGUUUACAGAUUCUAUACCUGUUGCUGAGUUUCAAGCAAGGCCACUUGCUGAUCAUAAAUCUGUUAAGAAUGGUAGGCCACCUGGUGCAUUGCUUGUUCCACGUCCACCCUUGGAUGCUCCUACUGUAGCUGAGGCAAUUGCUGUCAUCUCAUGCUGGUAUGAGGAUAAAACAGAAUGGGGUGACAGAAUAGGUUGGAUUUAUGGAUCAGUGACAGAGGAUGUGGUAACAGGUUACAGAAUGCACAACCGUGGAUGGAGAUCAGUGUAUUGCAUCACAAAAAGAGACGCUUUCCGCGGCACAGCGCCUAUAAACCUCACCGAUCGUCUCCACCAAGUGCUAAGAUGGGCAACAGGUUCAGUAGAAAUUUUCUUCUCAAGAAACAACGCGAUUUUCGCAACUAGACGCCUUAAAUUCCUACAAAGAAUCGCAUACCUGAACGUUGGAAUCUACCCUUUCACUUCGAUAUUCCUCGUCGUAUACUGUUUCCUUCCAGCAUUAUCACUUUUCUCAGGACAGUUCAUAGUCCAAGGCUUAAAUGUAGCUUUCUUAACUUACCUUCUUCUCAUAUCAAUCUGCCUCAGUCUCAUCUCCCUCCUUGAAGUAAAAUGGUCAGGAAUCGGCCUCGAGGAAUGGUGGCGUAACGAACAAUUUUGGGUCAUUGGUGGAACCAGUGCACACCUUGUUGCUGUGGUACAAGGCUUAUUAAAAGUCAUAGCAGGAAUAGAGAUUUCAUUCACUUUAACAUCAAAAUCAGCUGGUGAUGAUGUGGAUGAUAUCUAUGCUGAUCUUUACAUAGUGAAAUGGACUAGUCUCUUCAUCAUGCCACUAACAAUCAUCAUUAUUAACAUUGUUGCACUUAUCAUGGGAUUUUUAAGGACAGUGUACAGUAUUAUACCUCAGUGGAACAAGCUUAUGGGAAGCAUGUUCUUUAGUUUUUGGGUUUUGUCACAUAUGUACCCUUUUGCUAAAGGGUUGAUGGGUAGGAGAGGAAGAGUGCCAACAAUUAUUUAUGUUUGGUCGGGAUUGCUUUCCAUUACUAUUGCUUUGCUUUGGAUUUCAAUUGAUCCUCCAACUGAUACUGCUGCUGGAGGAGGGUCAUUUGAAGUAUGAUUAGAUUAUGGUUAAGAACAUUGGAUUGGAGUAUAUUAUAUAAGAAUAUUGUAAUGUAACAAAAGAAAUAGAAUGAAACAUAGAUCAUAGAUGGUGCCUUUUCUUCAAUUUUAUGGAUAUAUAUGGUGAACAAAGCAUGGUUGGCGUCUAUGAAAGUGGGAAAUGUACAAAUAGAAAUGAGAGUCAUUUGACAUUGUUAUUAGUAUGUAGAGAUAUACUUUUAUAUUUAAUUAUUUAUG